UUCACUUUUCACGCUCUUUGCUCGAACCCUAGGUAAAUCGAUCCAAGUUUCUGAAGCGAAAAUGGUGGUUCAAUCUUUGGAAAGCGGACAAGCUGAGCGGAGAAUGAGCGCGAGGAUUCAGGAGAAACAGAGGGUGGAGAAGUUGCGUUUGGUGAAACGGAGAGUGGAGCUUCUUGGUGAUACAGAAGGGGGAAGUGACGGUAAGAAGAAGCAAAACAAUAUUUCCAGCAGAAAAAGGAGGAAAGAAGAAGAUUCCGAAAAUGCGGAGGGGGGAGACAAGGUUCCAGUUCAAACAACGAAGUGUGAAAAUGAGUCUAUGAACGGUAAUGCUGUAAAUCUGGCUGAUAAAGGUGAUCAUUCUAUAAACUUGGCUGAAAAAAGUGACCAUGCUAAAGUGAAAGAGACUUUGAGGUUGUUUAACAAACAUUAUCUUCAUUUUGUUCAGUUGGAAGAAGCAAGAUGCAGAAAAGAAGAAGUAGAUAAGAAAGCUUCCAAAAAGUCAAAAUCCAAGAAAGGCAAUGUACCUGAAGAAAAUACUAAACACAAGGCCAAGCGACCUGAUCUGAAGGCAAUAUCCAAGAUGAUGGAGGAAAAUGAGAUACUGUACCCUGAGAAACGAAUUGGUGACAUUCCUGGUAUUAAUGUUGGGCAUCAGUUUUAUUCACGGUCUGAAAUGGUUGCAGUUGGUUUUCACAGCCAUUGGUUGAAUGGAAUUGAUUAUAUGGGGAUGUCCUAUGGAAGGGUGUAUAAGCAAUAUCAAUUCCCGCUAGCUGUAGCCAUAGUUUUGUCUGGCAUGUACGAAGAUGACUUGGAUAAUGCGGAGGAUGUUAUAUACACUGGUCAAGGUGGACAUGACUUGACUGGCAAUAAACGUCAAAUUCAGGACCAAGUCUUGGAACGUGGUAACCUUGCACUUAAGAACUGUGUGGAGCAAAAUGUGCCUGUCAGAGUAAUUCGUGGUCUGAAAUCUUCUACUAGUUAUACUGGAAAAGUUUACACAUAUGAUGGUUUGUACAAGGUUGUUCAAUAUUGGGCAGAAAAAGGCAUUUCUGGCUUUACCGUCUUCAAGUAUCGCCUAAGGCGGCUUGAAGGACAACCUAUACUGACAACUAACCAGGUUCAUUUUACCCACGGACGUGUUCCCCAAUCUAUGUCAGAAAUACGAGGGUUGGUCUGCGAGGACAUUACAGGGGGCCAAGAGAAUUUUCCCAUUCCAGCUACGAAUUUGGUUGAUGAUCCUCCUGUUGCGCCAACAGGUUUUACUUAUUGCAAGACUUUACAAGUUGCAAAAAAUGUAAAGCUCCCUGCUAGUGUCAUCGGAUGCAAUUGCAAAGGAAGUUGUGAGAAUUCCAGGAUUUGUUCUUGCGCAAAGCUUAAUGGUUCUGACUUUCCAUAUGUGCGCCGUGAUGGUGGCAGAUUGAUUGAAGCAAAGGAUGUUGUGUUUGAAUGUGGUCCAAAUUGUGGGUGUGGACUUGAUUGCAUCAACCGGACAUCUCAGAAGGGGCUGAUGUAUCGGCUCGAGGUUUUUCGUACCCCAAAGAAAGGAUGGGCUGUUAGAUCCUGGGACUUUAUACCUGCUGGGGCGCCGAUUUGUGAGUACACAGGAGUACUCAUGAGGACAGAAGAUGUGGAUAAUGACUCUGAGAGUGAUAAUAAUUAUAUUUUUGACAUUGAUUGUUUGCAAACAAUAAGGGGGCUUGGUGGAAGGGAGAGGCGACUAGGAGAUGUAUCCAUACCAACAGUGCAUAAUUCGGAUAGACCUGAUGAUCAGAGAUCUGAAAGUGUUCCAGAGUUCUGUAUUGAUGCAGGUUCCAUGGGAAACAUUGCCAGGUUUAUUAAUCACAGUUGUGAACCUAAUCUCUUUGUCCAGUGUAUUUUGAGCUCGCAUCAUGAUGUUAAACUUGCUCGGAUAGUGCUAUUUGCAGCAGAUAACAUACCUCCUUUGCAGGAGCUUUCCUAUGAUUAUGCUUAUACACUAGAUAGUGUGUGUGGUCCUGAUGGGAAGGUGAAGAAGAUGCUAUGCUACUGUGGCGCAGCUGACUGUAGGAGUCGGUUAUUCUAGGUUUACCUGUUUCUCCUGCUUCCUUUAGCUGAAAAAGUUACCAAUAUUGUGUAUCAACGAGGUAAUCACUUGGUUUUCUGGUGGUGGUCUUUUUUCUUUUUCUUUUUUGUUUUUGGGGGGAAUAAUUCAACAAUUAUGUCCUUGAAAAUUUUGAUGCGACCAUUGUAGGCUCGAUAGUGUUGCAGUAUAGUGUUUUUUUCUGGUUGACAUUAUUCACUGAUAUUUGUUAUAGCUCAAGAGAAAUGAGA